AUGAAGGGGAAGCCGUCUCGCUCGGGUUCUCCACGCAGAUGUUCCUCGGCUCGAUCCUUUGUGAGAUCUGCUUUCACGAAAAUCCCAGAAAGGAGUUUCAUCUUCUCGCCCAAUCUGCAACUUCUAUUAUUUACUGCAAACACAUUUGACACCAUUAGUAGCGAUGCUUUCUUGGGCCUUCCUCAUCUAGAAUAUUUGUUUAUAGAAAACAACAACGUCAAAUCACUUUCCAACACUUCUUUUCGCGGGCUGAAGUCCUUAAUUCACUUGAGUCUUGCAAACAAUAACCUCCAAACGCUCCCUAAAGACAUAUUCAAAGGAUUGGAUUCACUAACAAAUGUAGACCUGAGAGGAAAUGCUUUCAAAUGUGAUUGCAAAUUGAAAUGGUUAAUUGCAUGGAUAAGCAGAACAAAUGCAACAGUGGAAGAUAUUUAUUGUGAAAGUCCACCAGAGUAUAAGAAACGCAAAAUCAAUAGCCUCUCUCCUAGUGAAUUUGAUUGCAUCAUUACACAAUUUGUUGUAUUUCGAAAGUUGCCAUAUCAGUCCCUGUCAGUGGACACUUUCUCAUUCAUGAAUGAUGAAUAUGUGGUUAUCGCGCAGCCUUUUAUCGGAAAAUGUAUUUUUCUGCAAUGGGACCAUGUGGAAGGGACAUUCAGGAAUUUUGAUAACAUCACAGGGACUUCAGUGGUUGUCUGUAAGCCGAUCAUUGUUGAGAAUCGCUUAUACAUCAUUGUUGCCCAGCUCUUCGGUGGCUCCCAUAUAUACAAAAGAGACAUUCAUGCAAACAAAUUUAUCAAAAUUCAGGAUAUUGAGAUCCUUAAGAUCAGAAAGCCUAAUGACAUUGAGACAUUCACAAUUGUAAAGAAUGCAUACUUUGCAAUAGCAGAUAGUUCAAAAGCUGGCAUCACCACUGUCUAUAAGUGGAAUGGAAAUGGAUUUUAUUCUGACCAAUCUUUGCACGAAUGGUACAGAGACACUGAUGUGGAGUAUCUUGAAAUAGCCACCAAGCCUCACCUGAUCAUCUCAAGCAGUUCUCAACACCCAGUCCUAUAUCAGUGGAACAGGGGCACAAACAAUUUUGCUGACCCAGUGGAUAUUCCAGAUAUGGAAGAUGUUUACGCUGUCAAACACUUCAAAGUGAAAGAAGAUAUUUAUGUUUGCCUAACAAGAUUCAUUGGGGAUUCCAAAGUAAUGAAAUGGACAGGAUCCAAAUUUCUGGAUUUACAAAGAAUGCCAUCCAGGGGGUCCAUGGUGUUCCAGCCACUUCAGAUAAAGAAUUAUCAGUAUGCUAUUCUUGGAAGUGAUUAUUCUUUCACUCAAGUCUAUUUCUGGGAUGCGGGAAAAACCAAAUUUGUCAAGUUUCAAGAAUUAAAUAUUCAAGCGCCAAGAUCCUUCACACACGUUUUUGUUGACAAACAAGAUUUUCUCUUUGCAUCAAGUUUUAAAGGAAAUACAGUGAUCUAUAAGCACAUCAUAAUUGACUUAAGUGCAUGAUACAUACAUAUUUACACACAUACACAAACACCCCAGGUAUGGAGUCUGUUGUGAGACUUCUUCCAUUAAUAACAGAGACCUAACAAACUAAAUGCAUGACAAUGAUUCUCUUUACUUCCAGUCUGCGAAAUGCCUUUAACAGCUGAGAUUGUUGAAAUAAAGUGCUACAACUAAUAUCUUCAACCAUAAAUGUCAAGUCUAGUGCUGUUUAAAAUUGCAAUUUUAAAAGAAGGACAAAUUAAAGCAUUAACUAUUAUUUGCAACAACAGUGUAAAUGGCUAAUGAAGCUCCAUCCCUCCUAAAUGAGUUGGAAAGCACCAAUCAAUUGUAAUUUUUCAUUAUUCACUGAUCUGAACAUUGCCAAAUAAAAUGUUUACGU